CUCCCGCUUCGGAACUCCGUGAGCAACUUGAGGGUGCGUGAGAGCCCCCAAUUUGUAGUUUUGUUUGGCGCAAUUUUGGGUUGGUUGCAGGAGAGGAGAUCGGGUAUCAAGAUGAGGCCGAUUUUGUUGAAGGGCCACGAGAGGCCGCUUACGUUUCUCAAGUACAACAGAGACGGAGACUUGCUCUUUUCAUGUGCGAAGGAUCAUACGCCUACCGUGUGGUAUGCGAGUAACGGCGAGCGAUUGGGCACGUACAAGGGCCACAACGGGGCUGUGUGGUGUUGCGAUGUUUCCAGGGAUUCGACACGCUUGGUGACGAGCUCGGCUGAUCAAACUGUGAAGCUAUGGGAGUGCGAGACUGGAGUCCUGCUGCACACGUUCAAUUUUGAUGCGCCCGCGAGAGCUGUUAGCUUCUCUGAGGGAGACAAGAUGGUCGUGAUCUCCACCGAUCCUUUCAUGGAAAAGCAGUCUGCUAUCCAUGUGAAGAGGAUCGAAUCCGACAGGUUCCUGCAAUCGAGCGAGGACGUGCUCACCAUUACAGGACCACAGGGCAGGAUCAACAGAGUAAUGUGGGGACCACUCAACAAGACCAUCAUCAGUGCAGGCGAAGAUGCCACCAUCCGCAUCUGGGAUGCCGAGACAGGCAAAUGUUUGAAGGAAAGCGAUCCUGAGACAGGCCACCAGAAGGUUAUUACAGCAAUGUCGAAAUCAGCAGAUGGAUCACACUUUAUCACUGGCUCUCACGAUAAGUCGGCAAAAUUGUGGGAUAUACGAACCUUGACAGUGUUGAAAACGUAUACCACAGAGCGACCUGUUAAUGCUGCUGCAAUUUCACCUCUUCUUGACCACGUCGUCAUUGGUGGUGGUCAGGAAGCUUCACAGGUGACAAUGACAAGCACGCGAGUUGGAAAGUUUGAGGCGAAGUUUUUCCACAAGAUUUUUGAGGAAGAGAUUGGGGGUGUGAAGGGUCACUUUGGACCUAUAAAUGCCCUGGCUUUUAAUCCGGACGGUAGAAGUUUCUCAAGUGGCGGUGAGGAUGGAUACGUCCGUGUGCACUUCUUCGACGCUGACUACUACCACAUCAAGGUUUAGGAAGUGUCUCUUCGCAAGUGGUAGGAGCAGCGUUGUACCCAGAGAGGCCGACUAGACUUCUGCUACAGAUAGUUUGUGUUUCAACUUGGAUACUACUCCACAAAUUUUGCACCGGAAUUUGAGCUUAACAGGGACAACAUCCAAUUACAUUCCACUUCAAGAUCUGUGGAGUUCGACUGGUAGUGAAAGUCUAGUGGAAGCUGAUUACCGUCGUAGGAGCUUCAGGGUAUUUGUUGGUUUGCUCUCGCUGUUCGAGACUGUUAGUAAUGAUAUGGUAGUGCAGUUUUUUAUGCAUUCUACCUCAGUACCUCAUUUUCUUCGCAAUAUCUUAACACUUCUUUUUUACAAGCA